GAUGACUCGCAUGUGGUGGCUUUACGUGUAUGUUCACAUUGCAAAUCUGCUUUGUCGCGUGAUCGCCUACCAGCUCUUGCCCUUGCCAAUGGCUUAUUCCGUGGGCAACUUCCUGAACAAUUCAAAGACUUGACAUGGGUUGAGGAGAAAGUGUGUGCUAUUUAUUCCAUGACUGCACAUGUGACACGACUGUUUCAGUCCACUGACCCUGCACAACCCCGUGUCUUUCAUGGAAAUACAUGUGCCCAUGACAUGAAUGUUAUGUCGACAGCUACCAAGCUCCCUCGAGCCCCUGCCAGUGUCAACGGGUUUAUCAGUGUUGUUCUGAUUGGGCCCAACAAGUUUGAUCCUAAGCGGAUGGGUUCCUUGUUUCGCGUGCGGAAACAUAAGAUUUGGUCUUUUCUCACGUGGCUGAAACACCACAAUCAUUUAUAUGCAGAUAUUCCAUUAGACUCCUCCCUCAUGGAUCUGUAUCCCGUGGAUGGCAUUCUCCCUGGUUUGCAGGACCGGGUUGUU